AGUGACUGCUCGUCUCUGUGAGCGUAUUCGAUAUAGUGAGCUGUUUUUUCAAACCUCACUCUUGUUUCUGUUCAUUAACGGUUCUACCUGUCCCCAAAUCUGCAGUUCAGUUUAUUUAACUCCAGCACAGCGGAACAGCUCAUAACGUUAAAAAAGGCUUGAGAAAGUUGGAAGAAAAAUCUGACCAUGUCCCAAAUAACAACAACCUGCUUUAUUGCGCUUCUGUUUUUCGGUUGUAUUACUGCGCAGAUUUCCCAUGAGAAAUGGCUGGAGACCGUGCGGGCCGGGAGAAACAAAAUCAUCAAGUGCAACGUGGACUCCUCGGUGUCCCCCAGCUCCACUGUUCUCCACCUGUACAGACAGAGGCCGGGAGAAGCUAUCCGCCGCAUUAUGCACUUUGCAGCUGGGGCUACAUCGGCCACCAACGAGAAUGACAUUCCCAGCAGGUUAAACGGGAGGAUUCGGGGCCAGACGGUGUCUCUAACUAUCUCUAGCGCACAGAGAGAGGACGAGGCCACUUAUUACUGCGCCCUGUGGAAGGGCGACACCGUGCUGAAGAGCGGCGGGGAAGCAGUACACAAACCUGGGGGCGCGUCUCAAAUCGAACACUGCGCACUACACCCUUACUCUCGCUACUUACUCUCUAUGAGUUUUCUCUUUCCAUCAGUACACAGUGCCGAGAAGCUCGAGCAGAAGGUCUUAAUGACCAAAGCUGCAGCUAAGCUAGCCAUCAUAGAAUGCAGGUUCUCGGCAAACUGUCUCAAUUAUGUCCACUGGUACCAGAAGAAGGAGGAUGAACUUAAGAGGGUCCAGUAUGUGGACAUCAACGAUGGAACUACCAGAAACAACCCUGUUUUUGAGUACCUGAAAUCCGCAAGGAAAGGAAUCCGCACUUUUGUUUUGAAAAUCCCUGAUUUAAAGCCAGAGCAUUCAGCAACUUAUUACUGCGCCUGCUGGACUGGUUACCACAUCUUCGGAUCAGGGACAAGACUUUAUGUCUCAGAUUCUCUAGUACAGCCACCUAAGCUGUCAGCGUACCCCAUCUCUAGACCAAACAAUGGGAAGCGCACACUGCUCUGUCAGGCCAGAGGCAUGUUUCCAGAUCAGGUGAAGUUCACCUGGAAGGAUGAAAGUGGCACAGAGGUGAAGCAGUCAGACACCUAUGACCUGCUGGAGCAGAAAGACGAGGGUCAGGAGGUCAGAGUGACCAGCAUGCUCAUCAUAGACCCACAGAAAGCAAGUUCUAAAACUUAUACCUGCUUUGUCCAACACGAACAUGAGAAGGAUAUCGUCAUCUCAACGAGUAGCUCCGAUGAAGAGAAAAAAGAUGAUGUUGAACCAAGUCCUGGCCCUGCCCCAACCUGCGCACCCUCACAAAACAAACAGCAAGACCAAGAAGAUGAAAAUGAAGAACAUGAACAAGAGGAAAAUGAUGGUUCAGAGGCGCUGGUGCACAGAACGUACCUGUUCAGUCUUACGUAUCUGACACUGCUUGGUAAGAACGUGCUGUACUUCUUCGCUGUGUGUGUCAUACUGUACAAGAAGAGAGCCGGAAACAGCGAGACUGUCAGCCAACCAGGACAAGUGAACAAACCAAGAGCUUCAUAAAAGAGAGCUAUACGGAUGUAUGCAAAGGUUUGGGCAUCCCUGGCUAAAUGACAUGUUGGGUGGAUUUUCUAAGUGAAAUAAGUUACACAUCAUCUACAGAGAACACACUUCUGCACAUUUUAAUGCACAAUCACUGUUUAUUUGCUGG